AGCCGAUCAAGUUUCCGCAAAUUAACUUCUCCACAAUCCGCCGCCCUCAUAAAAAUGUCAUCGGCACGCUGGGCCUUCGACUUUUCGCGUUGGCAUCCGACCGAAUCCGACCUGCUGCUGGCCACGUCCUGCGUGCAAAGCGAGGAAAAGGAGCGCCUGGCACGUUUCGUCUUCCGCAAAGAUUUCAAAGCAUCGCUUAUAGGCCGUUUACUAAUGCGCAAAUACAUUCACACAACCACGCACAUCCCUUAUGAAUCAAUUCGUUUCCAUCGCGAUGAGAAAGGCAAACCGUAUUGCGAUACCUCCGAAAUCGCGUUUAAUGUUUCACAUCAAGGGAAUUUCGCUGUGUUGGCUGGUAGUGAUAAACCCACACAAGAUUAUCAAUUAGGGGUUGAUAUUAUGAAACUAGAAUAUACUGGUGGUAAAAAUUUAGAGGAUUUUUUCCGGAUAAUGACCAAACAUUUUUCUCAGCAUGAAUGGGCGACAAUUCGCGGUGAAAACACAGAAAAACAUAGAAUAGCUAUGUUUUGUAGGCAUUGGGCGUUGAAAGAAAGUUAUGUAAAGGCUAUAGGUGUAGGUAUCACGGUUAACUUACAGGAUAUUAGUUUUAAUAAUUACGAAACGUUUAAGCACCAGGAAUUGGUAACAGACACGCGGUUAUUUUUAAAAGGCGUGAAACAAGACUGGCGCUUUGAGGAGCAACUGCUUGAUGAGGAACAUUGCGUGUCAGUGGCGAUAAAAUGCACGACAGAAACUGAAAAGGGCGCUGAACCGAAGGGGUUGUUUGAGAUUUUAACAUUUGACACGCUUAUGGAUGGUGCUGUGCGGUUAUUAAGCGAGGAUAUUGAUUAUGUUCGCGAUUAUGCCAAAAGUUGGAGAAAAAUUAAAAUACUGGUUUAUUUUACCCAAAAGGGAAAGUUUUAGAAAGUUUAGAGGGUUGUUAAUUGGUAUAAUAGUAAAAGGGAGAAAGUAAAAUUAAGUUUAAUGUUUGAAGAAUCAUUCUAUGAAUAAUUAUGUGAUUUUUGGUUGAUGUUAUCCUUACCCCAGUCGCAUAUUUCUUUAAAAUAAACUCUAAUAACAAUA